AUGUCUUCAUACGGAAUCACUUGUCUGCCCAUAGAUCUACUGGGCGAGGAGCAACUCGACCUUCUCAACGACGACACCUACGACCACUUGCUUCGGCUGUGUUUCGCUGGGAUUGUACGCUUAGCUCACGGUUCUCCGCCCUGCAAGGAGUACUCCCGCUUGAAGCUUCGUCCUGGUGGACCCCCAGCCGCCCCAGCCAUUCGAUCACCGGAUCACAUGAAUGGUAUGCCAGGGAACACCGCUUCGCAGCAAGCUAGAGUGCACAGCAGCCAGAAGCUUCUAUAUCGUUGCGUAUGCCUUCUGAGAGCAGCUUUCUGUUCAGGCGCACAUGUAUCCCUGGAACAGCCCACCAACGCUAUGUCCUGGCUUGAGCCUUUUGUUCAGGACAUGCUUUCUGAAAUACAGGCAUCACUGGUCAACAUCCCGGCAUGCUCAGUGGGACAGGACAUAGCAAAAUCUUGGCUUUUCGCUUGCAGUUACAGUGAAUUCCGCUUUCUGGCAAGCACAUGCUCACAUGCAGGAGGCCACCAGUCUGUAGCAGGAGCCAGGGACGAACACGGGAACUUUUUGUCCCAGAGAACGGCGGAGUACCCGUCCCAGCUUGCCGAAAAGUUCUCAGAUAAGGCAGUGCACUUAUUCUCUUCGGCAAGACCUGCUUACCCGGUGGCACCCUGCUCCUUGAAGUUCGCACUGGCCUCCGUUCCCAAAAAGCCGCGUUCAUCAACGCCCACAGCCGCUCAGGAUGGCGGAGGCAUCUACUCUUUACCCGACUGGUCCCUUGGCCCAAGGUAUCAGUCCGACAGCUUGCGCGACCUGCGGAAGGAAUGGCAAUCUUGGCUGCUUCAAAACAGAAUUCCUCUCAGGCUCCAGCAACACGUUGCCGAAGCCAGCAAUACACCUCUUUUUACAGAGGAAGAAACGGAGUGGCUUCGCUCUUCUUUCAAGCGCUUUUCGGAUGCUCACUCCCCAUGCCAGGACUGGAACUUCUCAGUGACAGAAGGCCAACCCUACUGCUUGUCAGCACUGGAGCGCUUGAGUACUUUGCUGGGCAUCCACUCUUACCUGGACGACAAGCUUCGCUUCACAGGUUGCCCCCCGGGCAUGGGCAUUUCACCGGGCUCAACCCUGCUUUCAGCUCGGCAUAAACCUCUUAAAAGUAAGGAAGACCUGGCCUUAGUCCCCGUCAGCACCAAGCGCAUGUGGCUCCGAGUCACGGACCCCACUUCCUCCAAGCGGCGCUUAUCUGAGUCUAGCAGAGAAACCCUUGCCUUCUUUGCCCACUUGAGCUCCAGGGACUGGCGGCCCAGGCCGCUUCGACCACCACCUACCAGUUCGGUGGAGUCGGCCGCUGACGCUUUCGGCAAGGGAAAUGAUUGCGGCGUGGGAGGAUGGCUCCUCAUCCCCAGUGGACGCCUGCUUUGGUUCGCCCACCGCUACACUGUCAAAGACUUUCUGGACUUAGGUCUGCCCAUGCAACCAGACGCCAACUUGGACAUCUCCAGCUACGAGACAUUGGCACAGUGCUUUGUGCUUUUGGCUUUUUGGAAAGCCCAUGGUUCCGGUCGCUUGGCUUUGACAUUACCAGCUUUGAGCGAUAACAGUGGUGCAGAGUCGGUGUGUAAUAAGCUUUACACCUCCAAAGUACCACUUAAUCUUUUUGUUCGCAAGCUUUCGAUGUGGAGCUCGAUUACUGGUGUCACUCUGGACUGCAGCCACAUAGCUGGCGAGAAGAACGACGACGCAGACCUGCUUUCUCGGUGGGACGGCUCAGCGGAACUCCCUGCCAAGUUUCUGGCCGCGAACCGCAUCGAGCUCUCACUUUCUGAGUUCUGGCAGCUCCGCUUUCAAGUGACACUUUUUCCCGCUGACACAUUUCUGAAAUGGCAACUUCCGUCAGCUGACAGCUUGGGCCCUACAAACCGUGGCUCCAACAAGCGUAAGUAG